CCAGUGGAAAGCUUCAGGAGAGGCAAAGGCAGACAGAUCCAGGUCUCCAGUUGCACCGUGCCGAAACAGCAACGGAAAAAAAGGGCCGCGGGCGUUCACAGUAAGUCUGGGCUUGUGUAGUGCUGUGCUGUGUUCGGUAGGUUGCGUCGCCGGCUUGACUACAGCGCUACCCAGGUUGGUAGGUACUAUACUGUACUGUACUGUACAGUGCCGCUGUCCUAAACCUGGCCACGUACUUGCUAGUUAGCUGGAGACCAGCACCACUAAUGUUGGUGGGGAAAAGUGGGAUAGGGGAACAAAGGCAAUGGAUGGGUGAACAACGACAGGGAAAAAAUAUAGUUAGAGCGGUCAUGUCCAUUACCAGGAAUUACCCUCCAAUAAUCGAUCCUCCAGGCUGGCAGGAGAAGCAGAGAGAAAGGCAAAAAGAGGAGAAGACGAGUGCGAGAGACGAGAUGCCGCGGUCACAUUCCGGGGAUUGUGGGGGAGCUAUUUCCUCUCACCUCGUGCUGGCUCUGACGGCUGGCGGCGCUUCGUACAGCGGUUACAGGACCUUUGCAGCGGGUGUGCAGAGCGUGCAGAGCGUGCAGAGCGUGCAGAGGCGUGCCGAGCCCGCUGGAGCGGUGUCCGUCGUCCGUCCUUUUCGGGGAGCGGGGAAUAUGUCCAAACCGCCCAGGACCCCUGUGACCCGACGCCCAGGUCACCCACGCUGGCCGGCCCCUGGGCUACCAGUGGAGCACCAGAAGGGCUCAGUCGUUUUUAGACGGGCGCGCAGUGGCCCUUCCAGCGCUUUGCGGACCGCUUGGAUGGGGAUGGGGCGGACGACCUUGGCACCGGUACUGCCUCCCAACAUGUCAACAGUGACACCACACAUCAUCUCGCAUCUCGCAUCUCGCAUCUCGGCACCGUACUCACUGACUCGAUCAAGUAAUCGUCGUCGUCAAAGACACCGAGCAAAGGACGAAUACGUGGCCCAUGACAAUAUCUACCUCAAUCACAAACUACAAACACCACGAGGUGAGGUGGAGGGUGACAAUGGAGGGAAAGUCGAAUCGUGUUCGUCACAAUUCACCACCGAAAGCGCAACAGCUUCAGGCGACGCCGGAGUCACCCGCUUUAACUCUCGCACGUUGUUGAGCAUCAAAGAGACCGAGAUACCUCGCCGCGCCACACAGCACACGCAAACGCCUGCAUAUGCACAUGGACACACUUUCACAUCACCCUCCGAUCACAGUACAGUCUCAACGACUACGCGCCCACGGCCAUCAACUCGCGGCGGCCUCUUUCCACAGCUUCCGCAGGAUAUCGAUAUGGAGCAGCAAACGAAAGUCCGGGCCAGUUUACCAACCGACGUACCUAUUUUACCCAUCCAUUCAUGUUCUCGACGGCUAGAUUACCAAUCAGUGAGGCGCGUAUGUUUGCGCCGUACCCGCGCAGCUCCAAACGGGGACCACCCACACAUGCACACCACAUCGACAACAAGACAGCUCACACUCACACACACACACACACACACACAUAUCAAGCCAAACCCCUCUCUCUACCGUGUCUGUACAGUGUCAUGCCGUGUGAAUAAGGAACGAGGGAACGAGGGAACGGCUUGCCCCUAUGUCCCUGUGUCACACCCGCCCCGAGGGCAACAAGGACACCAAAAUGGGGCAAAAAUGUCAAAGGUUGGCCUUGCAGACGAGUCCCACCUUUGCGGAGACCCGACAUGCCGGCCUGGGCGAGGUGUCAUCUCGCUCCCACAACAUCAGUCCACAAUGAUGUCGCUGCCCCCUCCUUCCCAGUACUCCAUCACAACCGUCUCCAAACAGCAGGCAAGACAUUCUGACCUAUCUCAUAUAUGA